ACCGUUGCGUUGUGGUUACUGUCGUUAGUUACUCACUUCGAUCAGUUGCGAGGAGACGUGUUUUUCUCAGUGCGACAAAAAUCUCAAAUAUCACAAUGAAAAGACAAAGAUCUUCUGAAAGAAAGAGCAAGAGUGUGUCUAAGAGGCGCCGUGUAGAGGCCUCUUCAGAUGACAGUCGUCAGUGGUACGAGGUGAUGCUUGCCCUGGCGGCCAAAUCAGCUCGUGAACUGACCAGUGCCAUCAACAGUUCUGAGGAGCGUAGGGAGCUUCCUACUAUACCACAACCUACGCAUCACAUUGAGUGGCUGGCCAGAGUCAAUUUUAAGCACAGACCAGUGCGCCGCUAUGACAUACCAGAACAGAGACGUCGUGACGUACCAGAACAGAGACGUCAUCACAAGGUCUCCAAGAAACAGGACUUGAAUUCCUCAUUUUAUGUCUUUUGAAGAGGAGAACGAUAC